AUGGAAGUUGAAGAGAUUCUAAAGAAUUUAACACUUGAACAGAAAGUUAGACAAAUGUUUAUGUUUAACUUGCCUGGAAAACAACUCGAUGCUGAAAUAUUUAAUUUGAUCAAAAAAUAUCACAUAGGUAACUUAAUUCUAUUCACCAUUAAUCUUGGUAAUGGAAAAGAGAUCAAAAAAUUAACAAGUGAUUUCCAAGAAUAUUCUCUAAAAGAAUUUGGAUUCCCAGCAUUCAUUUCAUCUGAUAUGGAAGGUGGAAAUGUUGAACGGUAUAGCGAAGAUAUUCCAAGAUUUCCUGGUGCCGCUGCCAUAGUUUCAACAAAUUCAAUUGCAAAUUGUCAAGAUCUCUCUGAAAGUGUAGCAAAAGUUUUAUUAUCUUUGGGAAUAAAUAUGAACUUAGCUCCUGUAUGCGACAUUAAUGAUAACUCAAGGAAUCCUGUAAUUGGUGCUCGGUCAUUUGGCUUUGAUCCUCAAAAAAUUUCAAAUUAUAUCAAAGCUCAUAUAAAUGGUCACAAGAAGGCAGGCUGUUUAACAUGUGCCAAGCAUUUUCCAGGUCAUGGAAGCACAUUUCAAGAUUCUCAUCGUGAAUUGCCUCAUAUUAUUCACAAAUAUGAUGAAUUUAUGAAAAAAGACAUUCCUCCUUUCAAAGAUGCCAUUGAAGCAGGUGUCGAUUCGAUUAUGACAGCUCAUUUAUUGUCACCUCUUGAUGAAGAAAAUCCAGCAUCUCUUUCUCCAAAAGUAAUCAAUUACAUCAGAAAAGAACUUGGAUUUGAUGGACUUCUUGUUACAGAUUCUUUAGUUAUGAAAGGUGUUUCUAUUCAAGGAAUCGAUGUUGCAGUAAGAAAAGCAAUUUUGGCAGGAAAUAACAUUUUAAUUGCCAAUACAAUGGAAGGUGAUUUUGCUGAAUUCUACAAAAUGAUUGAAGGAGUUUUAAAUGAUGUAAAAUCUGGAGUAAUUCCAGAACAAUUAAUUGACGAUUCAUGCAGAAGGAUUAUAUCUUCUAAACUCAAACUCAAACAUGCUUUAGAAACAAAUAAAUAUGAUGAAAAUGAAGAAAUUUAUAUUUCAAAUCUUAAAAAACUUUCUAAUGAAAUCAGUCAGAAUUCAAUUGCAGUUCCAAGAGAUGAAAAUGGCCUUAUACCUUUUAAUGGUAGAAAAGUCGUCUGUGUAUAUACAAAAUUACCUCAAAAGAAUGUUUCAUUCGAAUUCAAAUUAAUUCCAUCAUUUGCAGAUGUUUUGAAGGAAGCCAACAAUGAUGAAAGUAAUCCAUCUCGUGCUAGUUGUUUGGAAAUUGUUAAUAUUAGUAAAAAUCCAACAGAAGAAGAAAUCAAGCAAUCAAUUGAUGCUUCAAAAGCAGCUGAUAUCGUAGUUUUUGCUCCAUUCAGGCCAGGACUAAACACAAAGCAACUUGACUUACUCAAUGAAAUUCAAAAAGUCAAUACAAAUGUCAUUUUUGUUUCUUCAUUCGAUCCUUAUGAAGUUAACAUCAUUCCACAUGUUUUUUCAAUAAUUGUUGGUUUUGAAUUAACUUCAUUAAGUAUCCACUCAACAGUUAACUGUCUUAUCGGUAGAUGUCCAAUUACCGGUCAUUUUGAUCUAAACUUAUAA